AUGCAAGAUUAUCAAGCUGAGGAUCAGACAAUUACACUCACGAAGGAAUUCAAAAAGAUGAAGUCGUCUUCGUUCAAAGGAGGAAUUGAACCAAUGAGAGCAGAAGUGUGGGUGUUGGGGGACAGCACUGUUGCAGAGUAUGAGGCUCAAUUUGCUGAAUUGGCCCGUUUCGCACCACAUAUGGUGGAUACGGACUACAAGAAGGCAAGAAAGUUUGAAGGUGGGUUACGGACUGCUAUUCUCGACCAAAUUAAUGUGUUGAAACUACCUACGUAUGUCGAUGUGUUGGAAAGGGCAGUGAUUGCGGAAGGCAAUGUUGCCGCUCAAUGCCGGGUCUCGGAAUGGAGAGGGAAAAGACAAAAUAUCCAAACCUCAAGGGGCUCGGUGACACCGCCAAGUAAGAAGUUGAAUUCAGGAACUUCUAGUGCAUCUGCUUCUACCUGUGAUUCUGCACCAAUUUGUUCGGAUUGUGGGAAGAAACACCGUGGAAUUUGUUAUCGGGUAACGGGAGCAUGCUUUAAGUGUGGCAAGACAAGUCAUUUGGCCAGAGAGUGUCCGCAAAAGAAUCGGCAGAAUGGAAAUAGAACCACCGCAAGUUCAGUUGGAUCAACCCCUACCCCAGUUACAAAGGUAGCCACAAAACCCUCCAAUGCUACAGACACCACCAAACAAGGAAGGGUAUUUGCACUAGUUCCGGGCAACGUACAAAAUACCGAGGUUGUGGUAUCAGGAACAUUUUUCGUUAAUGGUCAUUCUGCACAUGUGUUAUUUGACUCGGGCUCUACCCAUUACUUUGUAUCAAAAGCAUUUGCUAGUUACUUGAGUAGGCCAAUGGAACCAUUACCUUAUGUUUUGUGUGUAUCUUCACAUUCGGGGGAGUCCAUGGUAUGUGCAUCUAUUUAUUUUGCAUGUGAAAUCCUAAUCAGGGAUGUUUGGGUAGAUGCCAACUUGUUGCCUCUUGAUAUGGCUUAUUUUGACAUAAUUUUGGGGAUGGAUUGGUUAAGCAAGUAUUACGCGACUAUAGAUUGUGUCUCAAAGCAAGUUAUGUUCCAACUCCCAGGACAAUCUGAGUUUGUUUUUAAGGGCCAGAGGGUAGUUUCCCCACCCUAUCUGAUUUCUGCAAUAAAGGCAUGUAAGUUACUCCAAAAGGGUAGUCAAGGGUAUUUGUGUAGUAUCGUGGGUGAACAACCAGUGAAUGGAGGCAUUAAUGCAAUUCCAAUUGUGCGGGAUUUUUCGGAUGUUUUUCCAGAUGAAUUACCAGGAGAGCUAAUUGAUCGUGAAAUUGAGUUUACAAUUGAUAUAAUGCCAAGAACUCAGCCCAUUUCUAAAACCCCGUAUAGAAUGUCUCCCGCUGAAAUGAAGGAGUUGAAAAUUCAACUACAAGACCUCCUUGAUAAAGGAUUCAUUCGUUCGAGCAUUUCCCCUUGGGGCGCACCAGUCCUUUUUGUAAAAAAGAAAGACGGGACCCUUCGGCUGUGCAUGGAUUAUAGAGAGCUUAAUAAAGUAACCAUAAAGAAUAAAUAUCCUUUGCCCAGGAUCGCUGAUCUGUUUGAUCAAUUACAGGUUGUGUUUAUUGAUGAUAUGCUUAUCUACUCAACAAGUGUAGCAGCUCAUGAGAACCAUCUACCGGUAAUUCUUCAAACUCUUCGGGAUAAGAAACUGUAUGCAAAAUUAAAGAAAUUUGAAUUUUGGUUACAUGAAGUAGGAUUUUUGGGACAUGUGGUGACAAAGGAGGGUGUUGUCAUUGAUCCACACAAGAUUGAAGCUAUUGUGAAGUGGCCGACGCCUACAAAUGUGUCAGAAGUGCAUAGUUUCUUGUGUUUAGCUGGAUACUACCGACGGUUUGUUCAAGGAUUUUCCAAAAUUGUGGUGCUGCUUACUCAGUUAACCCAGAAAGGUGUAUUAUUUGAGUGGUCGGAGCAACGGGAAUCUGCCUUUCAAGAAUUGAAGACAAGAUUAAUUACAACACCUGUUUUGGCCUUGCCAUCCGGUAAUGAAGGAUUUGAGAUUUAUAGUGACGCUUCUCACAAAGGUUUGGGCUGUGUACUUAUGCAAAAUGGGAGGGUUAUUGCAUACGCCUCUCGUCAACUUAAACCCCAUGAAAAGAACUAA